CGCCCCCAACUUAAUGCACCGCUCUCUGCUCCCUUGCUUGAUUGCUCGCCCGCCUCUCCUCCUCCCUCUUUUUUAUACUUGCUCCGGCCGCCUUCGUCUGCUCUCCGCUCCCACCCCCGUCCACCCUUCCCACGCAAGCCCGUCGCGUCCGCGACCGGUGGUUGCCGCGCCCGCGACUGGCCGGUGGCGAUUGCGCUUUUCUGCUCCACGCAGCUCGCUUCUUCUUCUUGGACUGUUGUGGCAGCGCGGCUAGCUAGCGGUGGUGCACCCGGGCCCGGAGCCAAGAUUCUGCUGCUGCCAUGGAGGUCGACACAUCGUCCGCGACGGCCAAGAGCGGCGGGGCGCCGCCGCCGCCGCCGCCCGGCCCGCCCGCGAAGAAGAAGCGUGCCCUCCCCGGCAUGCCAGAUCCCGACGCGGAGGUGAUCGCGCUGUCGCCCAAGACGCUGAUGGCGACGAACCGGUUCGUGUGCGAGAUCUGCAACAAGGGGUUCCAGCGGGACCAGAACCUGCAGCUGCACCGGCGGGGCCACAACCUGCCGUGGAAGCUCCGGCAGCGGAGCGGCAAGGAGGUGCGCAAGCGGGUGUACGUGUGCCCGGAGCCCAGCUGCGUGCACCACGACGCCUCCCGCGCCCUCGGCGACCUCACCGGCAUCAAGAAGCACUUCUGCCGCAAGCACGGCGAGAAGAAGUGGAAGUGCGACAAGUGCUCCAAGAAGUACGCCGUGCAGUCCGACUGGAAGGCGCACGCCAAGACCUGCGGCUCCCGCGAGUACCGCUGCGACUGCGGCACCCUCUUCUCCCGGAGGGACAGCUUCAUCACCCACCGCGCCUUCUGCGACGCGCUGGCAGAGGAGAGCGCCAAGGCGCGCGCCCCGCCGGCGGAGGACGGGAGCUCCGGCGCUGCUGCCCCGCCUGCUCUACCGCCACCACCAGCCGCUCCGGUGCCACUGCAACAGCUGCCGCCGGCGCCCGCGCCGCAGCAGCACGAGGAGCCAGAGCGGGAGAUCGGCGCCGCCGCGCCUGAGCCUGUCGUCCAGUACACGCCGCCGGCGCCGCUGAUGCCGUCCCCGCCCUCGGUCAACGGCGCCAAUGUCAGUGCCAGCACCAGCAGCGUCGCGGCCACGUCGCAGAGCCUCCUCGGCAGCAUGUUCGCGCCGUCUUCCGUGGCCCAGGCGCCGCAGUACCCGGAGCGCGCGCUGGCGGCCAAGCCCCCGUCGCUGUGCCUCGCGACCGACGCCGCGUCCGCCCAGUUCUCGGCCCCCGCGGCUGACCGGCAGCAGCAGCAGCUCCCACCGCCGUCGCCGUCCCCGUCGGCGCACAUGUCGGCCACGGCGCUGCUGCAGAAGGCGGCGCAGAUGGGCGCCACCUCGUCGAGCUCCUCGUUCCUGCGUGGGCUGGGCCUGGACAUCUCGUCGUCCUCGCCGGCGUCGACGUCGUCCGGUCAGCACCACCACCACCACCACCACCACCACCACCAAGAAGCCAUGCAGAUGCAGUUCCCGGAGGGGUCGCUGCAGCAAUGGCCGCCGCGGUUGGAGCCCGAGCCUGCCCCGAUGAUGUCGGCCGGGCUGGGCCUCGGGCUGCCAUACGACUCGACCGGCGGUCCGAUGGGGCUGCCGGAGCUGAUGAUGGGCCAGUCAUCGCUGUUCAGCGCCAAGCCAGCCACGCUGGACUUCCUAGGACUCGGGAUGAGCCCCACGGGCGCGACGACGAGCAGGGGCCUCCCCGUGUUCAUGCAGCCGAUGGGCGGCGCGGUGGGCAUGGCCCGGAGCGGCACCGGGCCCCCCGACACGUUCGGCGCCGGCCGGGGCGCUCAGGGCAAGCCGUGGGAGAGGAACCCGAGCAGCUCGCCGAUCCUGUAAGCGAAAAUGCUACCGCAGGGUAGUAGCACUCCAGUAACACGUAGCACGGCAGCUGUAAAAUGCCGCUUGCGUCGUGUCUAAUUAGCAGCAGCUAGCCGUCAGUCCUUGGCCGUUCUUUUGUUUCGUUAGGUCACAAUCAAGAAAGCAAGUUACUUUUGUUCCUUUAGGGUUCAGCUCUUAGUAGUAGUACGACGCCUGCCCUGAAGCAAAGUUUCUUUUGAAGUUCACGCUUCAGAAGUCAGUGUCUUUCUCCAUCGGCUCUUCGCUGCUUUUGUCGUUUGCACUUGUUUCG